CUUUAACUGGAACUGCAAAUGCUUGUACGUAUUAUAUACAUGUAUUUGACCUUUUCCUGGCCCUUGUAACGAUUUUGAUAUUAUACUGUCUUCCUGGCAAGAAAACUUAUCAAUAUUGUUAAAAAAAGCCAGGAAAACGUCAGAUAUUUCGGACUUUAAGAGACGGAGAAGGCGAGGUAAUUCAAAUGGCGGCUGCAAUCACUUUUGAAGCCUUCGGGUCAGAUUCAUCGGCCGUGUUUUCAAGUCAGAUCAAGGAUUCGGACAGUUACUUUGGAACAGACGUUUUAACAUGUGUACCAAUCCAGAAAUCAUACAGUAUCGGAUAUAACAUGACUUGCAUUACGCUAUAUCCUGCAUGCAUCUCAAAUACCAUUCCCAAGGCUGUUGGCAAUUUGUUCCACGGAAGCAGGAACAAAAUCGUCCCCAUUGUCACAUACAUGUACAUGAUGCUGUCCCCUAAGGUGCUGUAUUUAUCUUUCGGAAUCUGUUGUAAUAAACUGCCUUGAGAGAGUUUGGAAAUGGAUUGUUCAGCAUGCUUUAUGAUUGUGUAAAUAUUGGUUCAAGAGCAAUAGGACGUGCCAUUAUAAACGAUGAAAAAUUGUGCAUUAAACAAUGUAAGCAGUUCUCUUAACCCCUCUAGUGCAAUUCAAGAUCGAUUAAUUGGAAGAGACAAUGUUGAUGGGAUUUCCGAUUUUCUUUACUGUUUCCCUGAGAAACAUAUACUUAUCUUUACU